AUGGCGCUGUGGUACUCUCUGGGCAUUGCGUUUUUCGCUGCGAUCGGCACCUUCUUGUUUGGGUUCGACACUGGAAUCGCAACGACGACAAUUGCGCAUCAAAGCUGGAUCGAUUAUAUGGAUAACCCUUCAAAGGGUCUCACAGGAGCAGUGGUAGCAGUUUAUAUUGCUGGCGAGGCGGUCGGCGCUUUAACACAAACCUUCAUCGGCGACAAGCUCGGACGAAUUAGAUUCAUGCAACUCAUGUGCGUGGUUGUGACUAUUGGCACAGUCAUUCAGACUGCCUCAGUCAAUAUUGGGAUGUUUCUCACCGGGCGCGUACUAGCCGGGUUUGCCGUUGGCGGACUCGUUGCUACCGUCCCAAUUUACCUGAGUGAGAUAUCUGAUCCUCGCUUCCGUGGCUUGAUCGGUGGUAUCUCUGGCUGCGGCAUUUCCUUUGGAACCAUGGCUUCUAACUGGGUCGGAUUCGCCUGCGGUUACGCACCCUAUGGUCCUGUGCAAUGGCGACUGCCUUUGGGUAUCCAGAUCCCAUGGGGUAUUGUCAUGUUUAUCGGGUUGGCGACCUUCAUGCCCAACUCACCACGUCAGUUGAUUCGAAGUGGAAAGGCUGAUAUGGCCCGCAGCGAGUUUUCUCGGAUUCGACGCGGAGGUCAGGUACAUGAAGUGGAGGAGGAGUUUGCACUCAUGCAGGCGCAGAUCGAAUAUGAGAUGGAGCGAGAGAUUACUUCGUAUAAGGAGAUUUUCAAGUUAUUCCGUUCUCGUGUGAUGGUUUCUAUUGCUGUGCAGACGAUGACGAGUUUGACAGGUGUCAAUGUGAUCCAGUACUACCAAACUAUCUUAUAUAAGUCGCUCGGCAUUGGGUCACACACAAUCCUAGCUCUUGCCGCGGUUUAUGGAACCAUUGCCUUCUUAUCUAAUGCUAUCACAACCAAGUAUAUGACGGACCAGUGGGGACGCCGGAAGAUGUUGAUCACUGGCCUGGCAGGUAUCAUUCUAAUCGAGAUCUAUGCGGCCGUGAUGCAAAUGAAGUUCCAAAAUACAGACAACAAGAUCGGCAAAGGAUUUGCAAUUCUGGGAAUUUAUCUCUUUGUCGUUUGCUAUUACGGAUUCCUUAAUAGUACGACAUGGUUGUAUGGGGCUGAGGUCCUCCCCAUUGCUCUGCGCAGUAAGGUGAUGGGUCUCGCGGCUGCAUCUCACUUCAUUGUCAAUGUCGCCAUCACUGAGGCAGGUCCAAGUGCAUUUGCCAACAUCCAACAGAAUUACUAUUAUGUUUUUGUGGCAUGCACUUUUUUCUUCCUUGUUAUAGCUUACUUUUAUUUCCCUGAGACCAAACAAAAAACCCUCGAGGAGGUGGCCGCCGCUUUCGGAGACAAUGUGGUCAUAGCAGAUGAAGGUCCUAAGCGAACUUCGGUGGUUGGCCGAGCGGACCAUAUCGAGUCCGCACCUGAAGACCAGGCGUGA